UGCGAGUCGGAUUUCUGUCUCUGACUCCGCAGUUUACCAAGCGCACGCCAAGUUGGCAGGAAACGACCUAGUCACCGGGGCUUGACUAUGACUGCGAAAAUUUGGGACGUUAUUGUUGUUGGCGCCGGGUUAUCUGGACUGAGUGCAGCUCAUUUGCUCAGAAAGAAGGAGGCCAACUUAGGGAUACUGAUACUGGAGGGGAAAGAUCGAGUGGGAGGUCGCACGCUGACCACGGACAUACCUGCAGCCAAUGGCGUUGAUCGCUGGGACGUGGGAGGCCAGUGGGUCGGAAGCACCCAAACUCACGUCAUGGAGCUCAUUAAGGAGCUGGGCUUAGAGGUCUACCCACAGUUCAACACUGGCAGGAAGGUGCACCACAUGGGUGGACCAGGCGGCAAAAUCCGCACCUACAGGACCAGUAUCCCGGCUCUGUCCCCACUCACGCUACUGGAUCUCACCCAGUUGAUAAGGAAGAUUGACAAAUUGUGUGCGACAGUGUGCGUCCAGGAUCCGUCGAAGACCCCCAACGCCACGGAGCUGGACAGUAUGACCCUGCACUCCUACAUUGAGAAACACAGUUGGACUGCAGAGCUAAAAGAGGAGAUGGCACUGAGCAGCCGCUCUGUGUUUGGGAUGGAGCCGUCCCAGAUGUCCUUCUUGUUCUUCCUCAUGUACGCGGCGGCGGCUGGAGGGCUGCUGCCGCUCCUGGAGAGCUCUGCAGGUUCUGCUCAGGAAUUCAAAGUAAAGGGAGGCACCCAACAGCUUUCAGAGCGCCUGGCGGAGCGCGUGGGGCUGGAGGACGUCCGGCUGGGCUCGGCGGUGACGGCCAUAUGGCAGGAAGCUGAGUCGGCCCGGGUGAUGACCGCCACCGCCACCUUCUCGUGCAGAGCUGUGAUCGUCACCUGCCCCCCUCAUUUGGCAGCAAAGAUCCAGUACCAUCCGGCCCUGCCCAGCCAGAGAGAGUUCCUCACCCAGAACAUGCCUAUGGGCCACAUGCUGAAAUUCAUUAUCACCUACCAGACGGCGUUUUGGAGGGAGAAGGGAUUCUCUGGAGAAAUAGUCGCAGGAUCCUCCACCGACUGUCCGUUCUGCGUUACCUUCGACGCCACCAGCCCCGGGGGUAACGCUGCUCUGGUGGGCUUCAUCGCCGGCCAGCAGGCGUCUCAGUGGAGCUCCAAGGAGGCUGGAGAGAGAAGGGAAGCUGUGGUUUCCAGUCUGGUCAGAUACCUGGGUCCCGAGGCUGCGUCUUUCAUCCACUACGAAGAAAAAGACUGGGCCGAAGAGGCCUACAGCGGCGGCUGCCCCGUUAACGUCAUGGCACCGGGUCUACUAACUUAUUACCACCCGAGCCUGAGGAAGCCCUGUGGCAGGAUCCAUUGGGCCGGCACGGAAACAGCCACCCAGUGGUGUGGGUACAUGAGCGGCGCGGUGCAGUCUGGUCAUCGAGCUGCUCUGGAGGUGCUGUCUGCACUCUGCCCCUCGAGCCCGACACCGGAGGAGUAGCAAGCAGAGCUGCACAUUCAAAACUGUCCUGCAGAGCAAACACCAUCAUCCAGUCUCACAGAGAGCAGCUCCGACGCCUGCUGA